UAUAUAUCUCAUAAUAAUAUAUAGAUAUAUUUUUAAAUAUCAUUAUAUGAAUAAAACUCCAAAACGAAAAACAAAAAUAUUGCAAUUUCCGAACAUUACAUCAAAAAAGAAAAAGCGAUUUAUUUGAGUGAUUUAAAUUCCCGCGUAAAUGUUUGGGUGUGCAGCCAUGGAUUUGUACAACACUCACGUCAAGCUUUUAGCUUUCGAUUUUGUGUCUCUCACGCCCAACCGAGCAGACUCAUCGACCUUCCUCCGCAAAGGGCUGCGCCUAUCGCGCGCCGAGACGAUCGGAGUGGUCGUGACUCGGGAUCUCAAGCCCGGCAAAUUCCUCCGUUUCUCCAUCGACGAUGGCACCGGCUGCAUCCCCUGUGUGCUCUGGCUCAACCAACUCACCUCGCCUUACUUCUCGCGGAGGAGCCCAUCAGCUGUUCGAUCAAUUGCCCAAACGGCUCUCAAGUUCGCUUCCGAUAUUCAGCUCGGUGUGGUUGCCAGGGUUCGCGGCAGGAUCACCGGGUUCAGAGGGGCCCUGCAGAUUACGGUCGCCGAUGUUGCGUUGGAGACGGAUCCCAAUGCGCAGGUUUUGCAUUGGCUGGAUUGUGUGAGGUUGGCGAGGAGAUGUUAUGAUAAGUUUUCGAGGAUUGCUGUUUGAAACUUUUGAUUUAGGGUUUUCUUGUUGUGAAGUUAACUGCAUUGUGGUUUUGUUUAGGAGGUCCAAAUUGACCCAAUUUUGCUUGAUUAAAGUGUUGGGAUUUUGUUUGAUUCAUUCAUUGUGCCCUCUGUUGAUCAAAUAAGCGCUUCUUGAUUC